AUGACUAUUUACGAUCCGUAUGAAAAGAAGGAGAACAACAAUAUUAAAACAGUGGAAUUCAAGGACAUGGAUUUCAAUAUAUUCAGAGAACAGAAACAGAUACUGCGUGAUAAGUACAAUAGAUGCAUAAACUAUCCCAAAGCAGAAUGGGAGAAAAACUUAAAGGAUAUAAAAAUACCUGCCUUUUUUAGCAAGAUACUCCAAGAGACUGCGAAGACUUUCCCUCAUUCCAAACAAGUUGGGAAUUACCUCGUAGGCAAACUGAUCAACAAGGGCUCCUUUGCCAAGGUGAUAGAGGGACUGCACAUCCCCACAGGGGAGAAGGUGGCCAUAAAAGUCACUGACAAGAGAAGAGCCAAGCAGGAUUCCUAUGUUUUAAAAAACAUGAAGCGUGAACCGCGGAUACACCAGAUGAUUAAGCACCCCAAUGUUGUUCAGCUAUAUGAGACCUUGGAGACUGACAACUCCUAUUACAUGGUGAUGGAGCUGUGCCUCGGCGGUGACCUCCUGGACAGAAUUUGUGAGAAAAAGAGGCUGGCAGAAUGGGAAGUAAGGAGAUACACCCAGCAAAUUCUGUCUGCAGUAGAGCACCUGCACUGCCAGGGAAUUGUUCACAGGGACCUAAAGAUUGAAAAUUUUCUUCUUGAUGAGAACAACAACAUCAAAAUCAUUGAUUUUGGGCUGAGCAAUGCUGCAAGGUUCGAUGGUCUCUCCCAGGAGCUGUUACGUACUCAGUGUGGAAGCCCAGCUUAUGCUGCGCCAGAACUGCUUGCUCAUAGGAAAUACGGUCCAAAGGUGGAUGUCUGGUCCAUAGGAGUAAGCAUGUUUGCUAUGCUAACUGGCACAUUACCCUUCACUGUGGAACCUUUUAAUAUCAAGCAACUACAUCAAAAGAUGUUAAUUGGAGAAAUCAGCCCUAUUCCGUCAGAUAUCUCCCCUGGAGCUGUACACUUCAUGCAGUCCUUACUUGAGCCUGACCCUGCUAAGAGGCCUGGAGUCAAAGAAGCAAUAAAAGACAAAUGGUUGAAUGAAGGUUUCACCAGAAAAAUACUGAAUACUGCUCCCUACGAGAACAAACUUUGCCCCAGUGACCUGAACUCUGUUGUUUUAAACUACAUGAUUAAAUUUAUGGAAUUCGGUCUUUCAGAAGUUAUCAACAUUUUAAUAAAUAACAGACCCUCUCCUGCCAUGGCUUCUUAUUGCUUAUUCCUGAAGAAACUGCUCAGGUAUCAGAAAGACCACGAAAAGGCCCAGAGGGAAAAUGAAAAACACAGUAUUAAUCCUGAUAAACAGUUGACUAAGGAGUCAGAAAUUAAGAUUUUCCAGAAGGUUGAAAUGGACGCUCUGGAAAACCUCAGGAAUCAUGGCAAUAAGGAAUUUCCUUCUCUACUAACCCUGGCAGUGCCAGAUGUUAUUCAAGAAGAUGAGAUUGCAAUUACAUUGGAAAACCAAGAAAACUUGUCAAAAGAUGAAGACAACCUGGUGAAAGCAUUCCCACAUUCCUCUUUGCACUUCUGCUAUGACAAAACUUAG